AUGUCCGAUACUGAACAAGCUCCUCCAGCUAACAAUACUGACGCUCCAAAAGAGGAAAAGCCUGAUAACACUCAUAUCAACUUGAAGGUUAGUGAUGGUAGUGCUGAAAUCUUCUUUAAGAUUAAAAGAUCCACCCCAAUGAAAAGAUUGAUGGAAGCAUUUUGUAAGAGACAAGGUAAGAGUUUAGACAGUUUAAGAUUCUUGAUAGAUGGUACUAGAAUUUACCCUGAUAAUACUCCUGAUCAAUUAGAAUUAGAAGAUGGUGAUACUAUUGAAGCUCAUCGUGAACAAACUGGUGGUAACAUUUAA